CCUUCCAAGAUGCCGGAGCAGAGCAACGACUAUCGCGUGGUGGUCUUCGGGGCCGGCGGCGUGGGCAAGAGCUCGCUGGUGCUGCGCUUCGUCAAGGGCACCUUCCGCGACACCUACAUUCCCACCAUCGAGGACACCUACCGGCAGGUGAUCAGCUGCGACAAGAGCGUCUGCACGCUGCAGAUCACCGACACGACCGGCAGCCACCAGUUCCCGGCCAUGCAGCGCCUUUCCAUCUCCAAGGGCCACGCCUUUGUCCUGGUCUUCUCGGUCACCAGCCGGCAGUCGCUGGAGGAGCUGCGGCCCAUCCACCAGCAGAUCGCGCAGAUCAAGGGCGGCGCGGAGGCCUUCCCCGUCAUGCUGGUGGGGAACAAGUGCGACGAGGCUCAGCGGGAGGUGGAGACGCGGGAGGGGGAGGCCGUGGCCCGCGAGUGGGGCUGCGCCUUCAUGGAGACCUCGGCCAAGAUGAACUACAACGUCAAGGAGCUCUUCCAGGAGCUGCUGAACCUGGAGAAGCGCCGCAACAUGAGCCUCAGCAUCGACGGCAAGCGCUCCGGCAAGCAGAAGCGGGCGGAGAAGAUCAAGGGCAAGUGCAGCCUGAUGUGAGCGGCCGGAGGCGGCAGCCCCCUACCAUCGUUUGUGCGUCCCCUCCCGCUCCUCACGGGGCCCCGCCUCAACCCCCCCCCGCCG